GCCGCUGCCUCUGCUCCGGUAUGGCCCACAGCUGUGUGGGGAACUGCGCCCCGCUCUUCUUCCUCGCCCUGGUCUUUGACGCUAUCGGUCUCAUUGUUCUUCUGGUCGGGAUUUUCGGCAAUCUGAACCUGGACGGUCGCUUCUAUGGAGAUUUCCUCAUCUACACGGGCUCGGUCAUUAUUUUCCUGAGCCUGGUGUGGUGGGUGCUCUGGUACACGGGGAACGUGCAGCUGUACGCGGAGGAUAAGACGGGCUCCCUGGACAUCAACUUUACGCACUGGGCCAGGAAGCUGUCCGAGAGGCUUUCCAAAGGCGGCGUGAAGCCUCUGGAAGCAGGGGAGCAGAAGAAGAAGAAGAGCAUUGGGAAUGGGAAGGAGAUGAACGGAUCUGUGCCGGUCUGCGCGCCCUCUCGGAUUACGUGGGAAGACGGCAACGGCGGCGGCAGAGUCCUGCCGUGUCACGACAACAGGGGGUUUGAUGGAUGGACUGAGUGCUCUUCUCCAGCUGACAAAAACGUGGAGUUGGGGGUGUUGACGAGCUCAGACGUGGCUCUGCAGGCGGUGGUUGAUAAGGCAGAGAGGCUCCUCUGACAGGAGAUGGUGAUGUCUGGCUUUCCAGGAGUCUUGAAGAACAGGCUCCCCUCUUGGAUGUUUUUCAAAGAACCCUAAAAGACUGAAAACCAUAAAGUUGUAAACUAAAGUCACUUUUUUUUAAAUAGGGAAGACAGUUUCUUAAUCAGGGAAAAGCCCUGCAUCUACAGUAGGCAGAAGGGCUGUGCACAGAGGAAGAAAAGGUCUUUAUUAUGUACAUAGUAAAUUUUCUAUUUUUAUGCGCUGAUUUGUGGCAAAUGUAAAUUAUUUUUCUUGGGAAUAAAGU